CUUGGCCUAACGGCCUGCAGUUUGCUGGCUUGUACGCUUUCUGUAUGCCCGCCAGUGUUUUCGUAUCCAAUCACGUAACGUCCUUGCUGGAUGAUUUAGCCGUGCUAUUGUCAUAUCGAAUAAACGUUUUCACAUCGUUGUCCGGGUGCGAGCUAAAUAGGAGAUUGUCUCUUACGUAAAUAUCUAUAUAAAAUUAUUGAAAAAGAAAAAUAAUAAAAAAUAUUUAGAAAAACAAAAAAAAAACUGUGUGUGUGUGCUAGGCAAAUAGCAGUAAACGUUGUAAAGGUUGCACAGCACUGAAAAGUACUGGUUAAAAGUUGAAAAACUUGCAACGCAGCAAAGAAAAUCGAUUACAAAAUUUUGCACAAUUUUCAGAGUUUUACGGCAAAUGAAGAAUGGCAGGCAGAUGAUGGCGGUGGUGCGGCAAGCAAUUACGGUUUUCAAAUGCAUAUACAUAUGUAUAUAGCGAUGUUGCAGGCUGUCAUAAUUACAACGAGGGCAUGGAAAAAUUGUGCAAUCUGUGCGAAGAAAAAAUGUAUUUGAAAUUGCGAAGAUAUUUAUAUGAAAAUAUACAUACAUAUAUGCAUGUAUAGAUAUAUAGAUAUGUAUAUAAAUGUAUGACAGCAGCGCAUACGUAAUUCGAAAAUAGAACCGAAGCAUAACGGAAAAAACUUUAUAAAUGGCAAAGAAAAAAAUUAGCAAAUAGUGUUCAAAAGUGCAAUGUUUCGCACGGUUUGCAGCGUUUCUGUCGUUUCUAUAAUUUUGCAGCAAUUUUUGGCAAAAUUUAAGAAAAACUUGCGCAAAUUUGGCUUUUCUGUUUGACAUUUUCGUUGUCAUAAGCCAGCGAUUCAAUCGAUAUCUCUAUGGUUGGCGGGCCCCCAUACCAACCCACAUAUACGCACACACAUACGCACACCUGCUUCGCAGUGCAUAAACACACAUACGCACAGCCGCUAAGCACCAUGCCACACUAAUUGGACGCAGUUACAUAAGAUUCGUGCUGUGUAUUUGCAAGCGCAGCUGCAGCAAGUAACGGGAUUAGCGUUACACUUGAAAACAAAAGUUGGAAAAAAAUUUCAGUGCGAGAUGUCGGCAUAACAGAACGUCAAAUAAUCAAUCAGCCAGUUAGUCAGUCAGUCAGUGAGCCAGCAAGACCGUGUGUAAAGUCUGUGUGACAGUGAGUUGGUGUGUCAGUUGCCGCAGAAAAGCCAGUUAAGCAGCAGAGCAGCCUGCGUGGCCGAGUCCAAUUAUUGUACCUGUGUAUGAGACGUGCCCCGAUUUGUGAUUUUAUUUCGACAGUGACAAAGUUUUGCUUCACACCCGUAUACUGCGUGUAUUAAGCGAACAGUAAAAAGAAAAAAUAAACAACAACAACCAAAACAAAUAAUAGCAAUCAGCAAGCAAAAUUACAUAGUAAAAAGCAAUACGGAAAUAAGUUUAAAGAAAACUAACCGAAAGUUUCAAAUAUUUAACAAAUAAAUUGAAAUUGAACUAAAAGUUCUUUUAGCGAACUACAUUCGUAAGUAAAACCGCAGCGAACAACAACAAUAGAUUUGUUUUUAUUCCUCAUCAACAAUUUUUUGUAAAUCUCGUUGUUGUUGUGAAUAAAUCGAUAAUUGUAUAAUAUCAAAAACACAAAACAAAACAAAAAAAAAAAAACAAGAAAAAUGUCACCACUAAUGGAACGAACACUGCUGCUCUUGGGCAUCCUUUGCUGUUUACAGGCAACCACUGCGCUGAUGUGUUACGAUUGUAAUAGCGCCUACGAUCCCAAUUGCGGUGAUCCAUUCGAACCCUAUACUUUGGGUAAGGUGAAUUGCACUCAGCAGGAGGUUAAGGAACAUCUUAAGGAUAAAUACACCAAACCAUUGCUCUGCCGUAAGACAACACAAAAGGUUUAUGGCAAGGUGCGCGUGGUGCGCGGCUGCGGUUAUAUACCCGAUAAGAGCGAUGAUGGGCUGUGCAUGAAACGCUCCGGCACACAUGACGUGCAGGCAAUUUAUUGUGCGUGCACAUCUGAGCUGUGCAAUCAUGCUGCCUCCACAUUGUAUCAGAGCAACAAUCAUCCCAUACUAUCGGCAUUGCCCUAUACAUUAGCAGCGUUCUUUGUUUGGUUUGCCACAUUUUCGAGUCAUUUCAAUAUCAAUGCUUUUGGUGCUGUGCAAAAUUCAUAAAUACGAGAUAUACAAAAGCCUACACGCAUAUAUAGUAGAAAUUAAUAAGCAUAUACAUACAAGCAUACAUGCAGACAUAUGUUAGAUGUGUAUAUGUGUAUUGAGGAAAUGAAGUCGCGUUGUUUUCAUUUUAUCACUUUGAGUUUGGAAAGUCAUCACAGAGUCAUAUACACACACCCCAACACACACACACACACACCCAUACACACAUGCAUUGCAUAACUAAAGCGAAAUAGAGCAAAGAAAACGCAAGUAAAACAGCAGUUAAUUAGGAAUAAAGUAAGAAAAGGAAAGCGAAAACGAAAACAAAACCAACAAUUACGGUUACAAAGAAAAUGCAAUAAAAGCUGUGGGGUGUUAAAGGAGUUUAAAGGAGAACAACGCAGCCCAGCUCUAAAAGCAUGUGUUGCAUAAGCAGUAAAAUGAAAUCAGCACAUUUGAAAUUACAUAACCACAUACCAGCUAAAAUAAAGAAAUAAACUAAAUUAAUAGCAAUUAUUACGACAAACAGCGAUUUGUUCAACUAAAAGCGAAAGCAAGCAUCAUUACCGUAUAUGUUGCCCCUAAAAGUAUGCUAAUAAAUAUAUUUUCGUUCGGAGACCAUGCAAGUGACAAAGUCAAAAAGAAUUGUUGUUAAAAACAGGUUAUGUUACAAUUAAGGCAUACCACUUGCGCAAAUGUGCGGGCCAGCGCUGCUGCGUAUGUAUGUGGCUGUUAUUAAACAAUACGCAUACAUAUAUAUGUAUAUACAUAAUUAACUUACUUAUUCAAUAUGACAUUUAAGUUAUUAGGAAGAUAACAAAACAAAAAAAAUAAAUAGAAAUAAAAAAAAAAAAAUCAAAUACAAGGAAAACAAAAACAACUGCCGUCACAUGUCUUGCGAAGAAAUAUUCGAAAUUUUUAAUAAUAGUUUCACAGUGUAUAUAUGUAUGUAUGUAUACUAUAGUUCUAAAUGUAACCAACACAUGCUGACACUUACGACAUACGCCAUACAUAUCUACGUAUGAAAGUGUUAUGUAGUAGUUGUUUUGUAAAAAAAAAAUAAUUAAAUUAGAAAAAGUAUCAAUUUUUUUUUUAAUUCUUCACAUAAAAUUGUGUUUGCAAUGUUACUGCAGCAAGCCAGUAUUUGUGCUUAAAGGGUUGUAUCCACUUGCAAGUCAGAAAAAAGCGUUUUUUCGUGAAUUUUGUUUCAAGAGUGAUUUAAUUUAAAAAAUAAAUAAAAAUAAUGCAAGUUCACAAAAUUUAAUGUACUUUAAUAAUUGGUGACUCAUUUGGCAAAAUUUUGUGUAACCCUUGCUAUCGUAGCAGAUCACUACGAGUGCCACCGAAAAAAGGUGUCUGGCGAUGAGGUAGCUUAUGCUGCUUAAAAUUAACUCAAAUUCAAAAAGCAAAAACAAUUGUUAUUAAAAUAGGCAGUAAUCACAAAUUUCAUUUUUGACAUAAUAACGACUACGCCUAAAAAAUUUUCGAUAAAUCUUAGUGCUGAUAAAUAUAUAUAAGUACGUGGUGUGAAAAUUUCUAAUCGAUCGCUCCCUUUAGUCGUUUCGAAAAAUUUUUUCUCACCGUAAUUCGUAGAAAUACGCUCAUAUCUUCGAAACUAUUUGCGAAAUCAAAUUUUAGUUUGCGAAGCAUAUUGUCAGAAAUGCGUACAUUCGUUAUAUAUGCAAAAGAAAAUGUAUUAUUUUUUAAUUCACAAGUGGUUAUGACCCCUUAACGCCUGCUGGUUGUAAAGUGUUGAAAAAGUGUAUGCAAAUUUCUUAACUACUUUAUAAAUAGUGUGUGUUAUAAAAUACAGUAUUUUCUAUACAACGCCACCACGUUGGAAACACUAAGCUGCCAACCACUGUUGUAUAGUCUUACCUUUGAAAUAUUACUUUAACAGUUGCAAGCAAAAAAGAAAUGCUAAAAAUAACUACAUACAAAAUGAAACAUAAUAAAAAAUGCAUUUUAAAUGUUCAUAGGUAACACUUAACGCAACACUAGUCUCGCUCUCAGAUGCUACAUAAACUAACAUUUGUUUUAGCAACAAAAAAAAAAGUUGCUUUCGAAGUUGGCUCUGCUGCAUUAUUGCAAAAAUAAUAACUUAGUUUUUAGCUACAACUUCCAUUAUUUGCAUAUGUAACAGUUAAAUGCUGUUAUAUUUUGACAAAAACACACAAAGUAGGCGCCUAUACAUACAGCUGUAUGUAUGUCGCAUUCAAAAGGCGGUCCUUAAGGGUAAGGAUGAGAUAUAAGCAAAACACAGCGUAAACAAUUUGUAAAUUUAGCAAAUGUAAUAAAUAAAUUACAAUACUUAAAAGCAAAUAAGAACUUAUUGUUUUAAAGCAACUAAAUACAUUGUAAAUCAUAAAAUACUAGUAUUCAACGCAAAUACAACGCAUACAACAACAAAUUAUGAAAAUGCAAUUAAUUUAAAUACAUAAAAAUGCGCGCAAUAUUGCAAAAGAACAUAUACACGCAUACAAGCAUACAUACUUACAUAUGUGAAGCAAGUGAAAUAAAAUCGCCUAUCAAAUUAUAUAAAACUAAACAAAAAUUUAAUAUCAUGACUACAUAAAUUUACAUAUAAACACGCAAAAUACGAACAUACACAUACUCAAUAUAUAUAUUAUAUGCAUGAAACCGCAAAUUUUGUCCACAAAAAAAAUUAAAAUAUUAACAAUAAAAUGUAACAGUCAUUAAGCCAUUAAAAAUAUAUAUAAUUUAGUACACAUGCGCCACACUGGAUAAGAAAAGUAAUCACGAACCUUUAAUAAAUUCCAUAAAAAAAAACUUAAUAAUACAUAUGUAUAUGUAUGUAUAUAAUGCGAAAAAGCUUAAUAAAAAAAUAUAGACGAAGGAGUGUGAAGAUAAAGCUGCGCAUAAUAUUAGUCUUUGUAAUGACACUCAUCGAAAAACAACAACACGAACACACUUAAUAACACUAUACAGUAAAGAACAAAACAAAAAGAAAAUAAUUACAAAGCAUAAUUAAAAAAUAAUAAUAAAUAAAAAUUCAAAACAUAUUUAUUUUUUUUUUCAAAAAUUUAAAAUGUUUCUUAAAAACAUAUAUUAAAUUAAAGCAAAGUACAAUUUUAAUUAUUUGUGCAUUUAACUGAGGUUAAAUUCGAUAUGUAUGAAAAUCACAUAAAAAACAUAUGUUGCGUUACAGUGUCUGGUUGUUGCCCAAAACAAAAUUUAAACCAAAUAUUUUUAACAAUAAAUUUAAAUUAAAUUUUAUUAACAGAAUUAUAUAACUCCAGAGUUGCAAAUAAUGCAUUAAAAAAUAAUAAUUAUAAAAUGUUAAACACAAAUUUUAAUUAAAAAUAAUUUUUUUUUUUUGGAAUUUGGAAUCGCAAUUGUAACAUCUUCAAUACUCCAGAGCAGUGUUCGGCAAACCUACACAUUCAAAUGGUUUAUAUUUAUCAAUUUUUAAUUCUGAUUAUUGGAAUAAAAAUAAAAUUUUUAAUUUUCAAUUCUAAUUUUUAAAUUUUUUGGGAUGGAAAAUCUCAAAUUAUAAACUAAAAAAAUAUAAUAUAUAAACGACAGUAAAUUGUUACAAGAAGCAGCGAAAUUUUGCAUACAGAGAAUAUGCAAUGUUAAUAACAUGUUUGCGCCACAAAGUUGCAGCAGAGAAUGUUAAUGAGUCAGUGCUGUUCUAACAGAGAAGUUAAAGAAUAUUAAUUUCGAUUUUGUAUUAAACACCUAAAACAUUUAAAUUUACAAAUUUUUAAAUUAAAAAAACCAAAAUCGAAAUUUUAAAUUGAAAAUGUAAUUUUUAAUUCAAAAUUUGCAAGUCUGCAUAACACAUACAUACAUACUUAUGCAUACUCACAUUGGUGAUAUUUUAUUAUAUAUUAUAGUAUUGUACAUGAUUUAUGUUAUAGUCUAUUAUGUAUACUUUUAAUUUUAAAAUUAAAAAAAUGUUAUUAAAAAAAAAUUAUUUAAAAAAAUUUAAAAAAAAUUACAUAUCAUCAUUUCCUUGCAGUAUUUUUAUUGUAAAUUAGUUUAUGGUACACAUAUAUUUAUAUUAAAGUUUAUUUUCUUGAAAACUUUGCUUUUUCCACAAAACUGACUGUGUUAUUGCGUAUGUUAAUAUUCCGUCGAUUGAUGCUAUUUUGUAAGAAGUGUAAAUAUUUCAUACAUUUCUAAACUACUUUAAGAUAUUCAGUGAUUUCAGUCAACAGUUGUGUGAUAUAAUCAUUUACCAAUUAUAUAGUCUAGAUAUUAAUCUACUACCACUCAAACAAAAUUUUCAAUUAUUAUAAUAUACUCAAUUCCAUAAGCAAUAUAACGGUACUACAAUGAUCAUAUCUACUACUUAGUGAAAUUAGCGCACGAUACUUAAUAGAAAGUAACUGUAAAUGGCUAUUAUAGGAAGUCUCGAUUGAAUAAUUUUUAAUAAAUUUCGUUUUCAGCAGUCGUUAAAUGCUGUUAUAUUUCUAUUACUCGAAGGAAAGAACAAGACUUUCACUUGUUAUACGAAAUGCGGCAUUAUGCUGCAGCUGUUGUUACACUUAAGGGGUUAUAGCCACUUGCUAGUGAAAAACACACGUUUGUUUGUGAAUUUUUCAUAGCUCCGUAACUAUUUGCUAACUUCACAUUUUCGAAGAAUAUUUGCAAAUAUAUGCAAAAAAAAUUAUUUUUAUGAAAAUAAAAAGUAGCUAUAACCUCUUAGCCUAACUAAUUGUUACGUAAAUUUCCGACGAGAUACAGAUUUAUUUAAAUUUUACUAACUAAAAUUCGGUCUCGAUCACGAAAAGAAAAGAAAUCGAAAAUUCAAGCGCUGUUUUGUAUACAAAAAUAAUAUGAAUUACCCAGCCUACUUGUCUGCGGCAGUUGGGACUUCCGCAUAUUAAUGGGCCUAUGAUAUAUUUUAAUAUAUUUUGUUCAGUUUUUUCAUUUCAAUACAGUUACUCGUUUGUUACCACAAGUGGUAUGCUGUUCUCGUUAUAAUAAACGAUAGUUUUAACUUAACUUUGUAACUAUAAAAAAUGCGUGUAGCGUAUUAAAAAUCAUUUAAAUUACUAGUUAAUUAUUAUAAUGAAAAUAUUAACACAUAGUAUAGCGCUUAUGUCGAAAACACUUAUCAACGGAAGUAUUUUUACCAAAAAUUUAAGCUACUCAACACGCCUUUACACAUAACAACACCAUUCACGCGCAUAUUAAACACACCCUACUGUAUUAAAAAGAAAAAAAAAAAACAGUUAGAACAAUGUCAGUCAUUCAUAAAGCAGCAACAAAUCUAUUAUUAACAAAUAAUUAAUAAAUUAUACUUAAAUAAUAUGAUAAAUAAAUACAAAAAAAAAUUUAAUGAAAAGGCGAGCAAUGUUGCGCAAACUUUGAAAUCGACGAAGGUUGAAGGUGAAUGAAUUCUGCAAACCAACAACAAUGUUACACCCGAUUUAUGACCACUAUAGAAAAUGUGUUGAAUUCAAUUACGCUAAGUACAUGUGUUUAUCACUUUAUACAUACAUAUAUGCGUGCAAGCUAAUUAUGUAUAUACAUACAUACACAUUUGUGGCUAUACACAAAGCAAGAAAAAAAGUAACAGAAACAAAAAAUUAAAAUGAAAAAAUAAAAAAAUAUUUUUAAUUUAAUAAUUAGUUAUUUACUAAAAAUACUUAAUAAACCAAAGAGGAAAUUGAAAUUAAAGUAAGCACACACACACACACAAAAUGAAAAGCAACAACAAAUAAUAAACACAUUGAAAUUGAGAAAAACACAAUACGAAAAGAUUAAUAUAUUUAAUAAACUUGAAAUUUAUGUAGAUAUAUUAACUAAUUUUAAAAAUUAAAAAUAAAUUUAAAUCAUUAAACGAAAUGAUAAUAACAAAAAAAGAAAAAUUCUUCAAGAAACAACAAACACUAGCCGACAAAAACAGAAAAACCAAAAAUUACAAUAAACAAACGAAAACUAAGCAAACAAGUAAAAUAAUUAUAUAAAUAAGUAAUGAAAAUAAAAGCAAAAAGCAAAAAGUUAUUAAGCCUAAAGUAUAAUUAUUUCAAUAUGAAAUAGUAAAACAAAUCAUUAACUAAUUAUGUAGACGAGUGCAGCAGGCAAGUAAAACUCAGCAGUGAUGCUAAAAAAAUAAUAAAGCAAGUAUGCAAAACAAAAUGUUUAGAAAAGCGUAAGCAGCAACUAUUGAAAAGUACGAUAAAAACAAAUAUAUAAUUCUUCACUACAUUUAGAUAAAAUAUUAUAAAUUGAUUUAUUAACGAAAGUGAGUUGAUUGCGUUAGUAAAUGCAAGCGAAUUAUACUGAAUUAAAAACUAUUGCAAAAAAAAUUGACACAGCUGUUGAGCGCAAUGCCAACAGCAUAAUGAUGAUCUAAAUAUUACAAAAACAAUGUAUACACGUUCUUUAAGUUGACACCCAUUACUAGGCAUUACUAGGCAAUCAUACAUAUGUAUAAUGUAUUAUGCCAUACAAAAAAUACAGCACCCACAUAGCAACAGAAAGUAUAUGCAUUAAUAAUAUUAUAUAAAAUUUAAAAUUAUAAACUAAAAUAAUAAAAUAAAAUAUAUAAACAACAGUAAACUUUUACAAGAAACAGCGCAACGGUCUUGCAUUAACAAAGCCAGCUGUAACAACGCGAACAAAGCAGCGAAAUUUUACAUACUGUAUAUAUACAAUGUUAAUAACAUGUUUACAGCAACAUUGAGCUACGCCACAAAGUUGCAGCAGAGCAUAUUAAGGCAUAAGAUUAAUGAAUAACAUUAACAUUCUCUAUAUUACUCCACAAAGCAGCAGCAGAGAAUGUUAAUAAAACAUAGCUGCCAUCCGUUGGCAGUUGAUAAGCUGUUAAUGUAUAUUGUAUUGCAAUGUAUUCGCUGUUUAAAGCAUGCAAAAGGUAAACAGCAAUCCGUUAAGCAUUUACAUAACUGUCGUGCACUGCUCGUCGUGCGCUUUAUUCUUUCGUGGUGCAUGUUAAUCGUACGUGUUGGUUUAUUGAGAAGUAAUAUGUUUUUAUUUUAUUUCUAUUUGAAAUUUUCGCUGCGCCAAUGUUGCUGUUGUCGAAGCGUGUAUAUCAAAUGCACUGGUUUUUAUUGACAACAAAGCGUGCAAAUUUUAAUUUUUUAAAUAUUAUGGCAUUAUGCUGAGUUAUGGCAUUAUAUUUGUUGUAGUUCUCGAGCUGAAGUUUUGACAGUCGAAAAUAAAGCGCAAUGAAAUUUCUUUACUGCCAGAAUUAAUUCUCAAAGUUUGGCAUUGUUAAGCACUGUAAACUGGUUUAACCGCUUAAAAACUGUGCAAAUUUAUUUAAAAUUUAGCUGGCAAAUGUAGUUUAAAAGUUUAUACAAAUAUCUUCAAUUAAAAUUAAAAUUUGUGUUCUACAAAUUUACUUUGUGUGCAAUAAGCUUAUGCUUCUCGCGAAGAAUUGAAUUUAAUUAUCUGUGCCAUGUUUUUUUUUUUUACAAAUUUUGUACUUAUGAAACCUGGUAAUGUUGAUCGAAAUGGAGUAAAAUUGAGCAUGUAGCAGCGAGCAGCAUAACAGCGGCUGUGUCUAAUAAAAAAGCAAGCAACAGAGGCUGCCAAAACCAAACUGUUGAAAUAAAAUAAUAAUAAUAAUAAUAAUAUGCAUAAAUUCUAAAUGAUCGUAUGUGUUUUUAACCACUUAUAUAAAAGUAUUUAAAACUGUUUUUGGUGUCCUUUAGUUUUUGCAACAAAUUACACUUGCAUACAUUUAUAAUUUCCACUAAUAUUUGUAUAUGAAUACAACGACUUUCCCUCGAAUUAACAGCAAGCUUACUGUACACCUGUUAACUCAAUAUAUUUAAUAUGUGUUUGUCUUCAUUUCAACCAGUAUUAUUUAUGUUGCUAAUAUAAUAGAAACAUGAACAUGUGACGAAGGCAUUAUUGUUUAUCUCCAUGAAAUUAUUAAUAAUGCAAAAUCGAAAAGAACUUUUGAAGCAACUAUUAUUGUCAUGUGGAAAACAGUAGUUGAAAUUAACUCAAUAAAGAAUAAAGGAGAAAAUCAUGUUGUUGAUAAGUUUAUCAAUAUUUUGUUAAUGAAUUCUGAAGAAAUUGUUAUUUUCUAGUAAAUAAGUCUGUAAAGCUCCGCUUGUAGAAGAAAUCAAUAAAUAAAUUAAAUAAAAAAAACCAAAAAUA